CAAAAUGUAAUAGAAAAAACAAAUAUAGAAGUCUAGGUCAAAAUAAUAAAAUCAAGGGUCUAAUUUCAAGAAAUUUGGAGGUGUUGGUGCAAAUAGUUAACAUGCAAACAACUGUUUUUUUUCUUUUUAAGUAACGAUCAUGCCAUCCGAACUCAAGUUCGGUAGUACUGUGUAUUCCGAUUUUAGAACCGCAAAUCGGAUGCUGCUUGGACAUUACGGAACGCACGGCUUAGCUCCCUGCAAGGAAACUUCCGAUAUCCAAGCUUCCGGGGUGAGCCUUUAAUUUAUUCCAAGGUGGACCGGACAAUCUAAAUUGCAAACAGUUCAUAUGAUGGACACGUAUCCGAUUUAGAUGACGCAUGCUGCUUAUGACUUUGCGUUUUUGCCGCUGAGGUGUCGCUCUCUAAAUCCCGUCGGACAGAAGUUCGUCCAUAUUUCCCUUUUUAACCAGCUGGACCCCCACGAGACAUCCCCCGUCACGUGGUUUUCGUUCUCCGGCACGUGCGGAACGUGUCGCCGCACCGCGCUCUCUUCUACUUCUCCCAGCGGCAGCCUCUUUUUCCGGCGCCUGAAGACGGCGAGCGAGAAGCGGAGCCGAGCGAGUGAUGCUCACCGAGCGGCGUCUCUGAUCUCCAGAUCCCGUCAAGGCGCCGGCACCGAUGGAAUCCCGCGCUCUUCUCGCCGCCGCCAACGGCCGUUCGCCGGCCGUUCCAACUCGGGCGAAACUGGGGCCUGCCGCUCCGAUCCUUUGUACGGGCUUUUCAUGUCGGAGGCGAGGGAGAGGAGUUCCUCUGCGCGCCCGCGGCUCGGCUUCGCGAGGCCAAUGCGCUCCCCUGGCGGCCAAAGGCGCGGAUACAAAUGGCGAGGAUUUGAUGGUAUUAAAUGGCGAAGAGGAGGGGAAGAAGAAGAACAAGGGGUGGAUUCAUUUCGUUGGUAUCGGAGGCUCCGGUUUAUCGGCACUUGCUUUGCUGGCUCUCAAACAGGGCUUUGAAGUUAGUGGCUCGGAUAUCAUGUGGGGUAGAUUUAUGGAUGGAUUGCAUAAAGCUGGGGCAAGGUUAUUUAUAGGGCACUCAGCAUCGAAUAUGGAAAGGAGUGCUGGAUCUGGUCUACCUAAUGUGGUUGUUGUUUCUAGUGCUAUUCCUGCAGAUAAUAAGGAGAUUGUACAUGCAAAGUUAAUGGGAAUUCCAAUAUACAAGAGAGAUGAUUGGCUGAGGAAAAUCACAGAGAAGCACAAGGUUAUUGCUAUUAGUGGAACCCAUGGAAAGAGUACAACAGCAGCAAUGCUUUCAUAUGUUCUGGGUGCCAUGGGGGACGAUCUUAUUGCAGUAGUUGGAGCAAAUGUGCCUCAAUUUUCAGGAGGAAAUAUUAUUUCAGGAAGUGGUCCAAACUUUGUCUUGGAGGCUGAUGAAUAUGAUAGUUGUUUUCUUGGAUUAUCACCUUAUAUUGCUGUUGUAACAAAUGUGGAAUGGGACCAUGUUGAUAUCUUUGAGGAUGAGGAGGCUGUUCAGAAUAUAUUCAGAAGGUUUGUUCGUCAAAUUAAGACUGGUGGCCACCUCAUACUAUGUGGUGACAGUGCAGGUGCAUAUGCAUUGUUGAGCGAGUCUAGGCAGGCGACUGUUUCCUGCAAUGUGAUUUCAACUUCUACAAUAUUGAAUCAUGGCUACAGUAUAACAACUUAUGGACUUUCAAGCAAAAAUGACUGGCAUGCAUCCUCAAUUACUCCAAAUUCACAAGGUGGUCAAGAUUAUGUCUUGUAUUACAAGGCAUGCCGGAUUGCCAACAUCAGUUUGAUUUUGCCAGGAGUUCAUAAUGUUCUUAAUUCUUUGGCGGUCUUUGCUACAGUGGCAACAUUGGUGAAUGACAGACAUUGUGUCCAUGAAACGAUCAAUUCUGUGGGGAACCACUUGAGUAAAUUUGAAGGAGUAUCUCGACGAUUUGAGUUGAUUGGUAAGGUAAAUGGAUGCCAGAUAUAUGAUGAUUAUGCUCAUCAUCCAACAGCAGUUCAUGCUGUCCUCGAAGCUGCACGACAGAAAUUUCCAUUGGAACCAUUAUGGGUGGUUUUUCAACCACACACAUUCAGCCGUCUAGCUGCAUUGAUGAAAGAUUUUGCUACUGCAUUCAGUGCUGCAGAUUAUGUGAUAGUAACUGAGACUUAUGCUGCCAGAGAAAUAAAUAACUGGAAUUCUAGUGGAAGCCACCUGGUAACUUUAAUCAGGGGUCCAUCAACUGAAUAUAUUCCUCAACUGGAGGAUGUGAUUGAUAAGUUGGUGCGCAAGAUACCAUCAAAUACGUAUCAAGACACAAUUAUCUUAACACUAGGUGCAGGUGACAUAGCAACUCUAGGACCAGAACUUCUCAGAAGACUGCAAAAAGAUCAUGAAAUUUCUAACAGUGGAGGCCUAGUGGAAAGCUACUGCUGACCUGGGCUCAGCUUGGGAUAAUCUGGCAAGAUACACAUCUCAGCCACAACUGGAGUCCAAUUUUUGAGCUGCAGGAGUCAUCUGCCUUUCAGGAUUGUUUCCCACCCUUCAAAGAUCUGGGCAAGCAAAAGUACUUUAAUUCAAUUGUUUGAACACAAGUGCGAGUUGGUCCUGCGAAGGAUCCCCAUCUAUCCUAACACAUCUGAUAUCAAUCAGGCUCCAGGCUGGCCAAAAUUAUGACUAAAAAGUGUAUUCUAACAGUAUUGUUUACGCAGCAAAUCUAUUUGUUUUAAACUCUCGUAUCAUACUUGAUUUUAUACACAUGCAUGUGCGCAUUCAUGCACCCACACAGAGAGAGAGAGCUAGAAGCACAACCGGACUAACAAUCUGACUUCAGACCAUAAGCAUCAGUUGUGCUGUGAAAGGACAAAAUAUAGUGAUAUUAGAGAUGCACUAGGGCGCAAGAAGCAUGUUGAUUAUUUACACUGGCUAGCAUAUUUCUUUUCCUUUAUCACCUCUUGACCACACAGCUCCCUCCCCCCCUCUCCUGUAUUUGCUUUAUAUUUAUUCCUUCAUUUUCUUAACAAGCAGGUGAAGAUUUUUCAUCCCCUACCUUUCUCAAAACAAAAAAAAAAGAAAAAGAACAAAGGGAAAAAAAACAUGCAUGGUUGGCAUGCUGCUGGACAUGCCCUGAGCUGUGAGAAGAGUUUCUUAUUAUCUUUAUUUUCUAGGAGAAGUGAAAUUACACCAAGAAAAAGAGAGAAAAAAAAUCAGCAGCAGAUUCUAUGAACAAGCCAAUUAUUCAUUCUUUUUGGUGGUUGCUCAAGAGGUGUUAUGUUCGCUGCAUCGAGCUAAAGGCAAUUCUUGCAUGAUGGCCAUAAAGCUAGCCAUGGAAUGAACAUUAGGUGGACUGGAAUUACUUGGAGGCUGUUUUGCAUCACUUCCUAUUCAGUUGAUCAGUUGGAUCAAAGGGUGCAUUUGCAGCCCCUCCUUUACAGUCUUAAUUAUUGGUAUGCCAACGGAGUCCUCUUACUCAUCUAUGGAUCUCAGGCAAGGUUGUGCUCUUCUACCUAAUUAUUUAUAUUACGCUCUGAGAUGCUUACAGGUGCAAUCAAAGAUUAUCUUGCUGACCAGAGCAAGGGUUAUUGAAGGGCGAUUCAAAGGUAUUGUGAACAAUCUCGUCCAUGGUUUAGCUUGUCAAUUCUUAUCUGGCUUUGGCCUAUCAAUUCUUAUCAAUUCUUGGCAUCACAAGAGCUGAUAAUUUGGGGAGAUAUUUGGGUGUGCUGCUUCAAUCUGUUCAGCUUACAUUAAGCAAGCUUCAGCCUGUCAAGGAUCACAUUCUGCGUCGGCUUGAUGCAUGGAAAUGGAAGUUCCAUUCAUUUGCUGGUUGCUUUCACUUAUAAAAGCUGUUCUUAUUUUGUGCUUCACCAAUCCACCAUCUCCAACGCAGUUGUACCUGCAAGUUUCUUCUAUUGGUUAAAUAAUUUAAUUCGAAGUUUUCUGUGUGGACAGGCAGUGGGUGCAAGGAAGGUACGUGCAGUUGCUUGGGACGCUGUUUGCAGACCAAAGGCUCAAGGAAGGCUUGCUUACUAAAGUUGCAGGCAAAGUGGGGAUGCAACCCGAUACAUUCCAAUCCAGAAUUCUGAGAUCAUGGUACAUUUUCUCUGGGAGCUGGGCUACCUAUGAGCCCUCAUCUACUUCUUCAGCACUUUGGAAGCUACAGCAGCAGCUGGUUGUCGUUUGCUCAGCAAUUUAUUUGGUCUAUUGGAAGCUCAGUAAGAUCAGCACUUUUAAUGAACCUUUGAUUUGUUGCCUUGCCACUAUACUGCCAAUAUCGAAUGCCUGGCUCAAUACCCAACCCUUGGUUGCUUCAUUUGGGAUGAUCGGAGUUCCAAUAUCUGGGGCUGAUUAUAAUGACUAUCUUUGUUGGUCUCACAAUUAUGAAUCUAAGAAUUCAAAUUCCUGUGUCCUUUGUUUCA